AUGGAGCACGGGAGAGACCAAUGCUCGAACUCACUCACCGUACGGCGACGACUGGGACCUCCUCUGGAUCGGCCACUGCGCUCGGCACCCGCUCCCUGGACGACCCGACGAUAUGUCAUCUCCAACGACCCCAUGGUCGAGCCACCUAGCACCCGCGAACACAUCGGCAACCCGAAGAUGUCUCGAUGGGAGGAGAACGGCUCAGAACUAGGCAACUCCACGCGCAUGAUAUACCCUGCCAUGGCCGGCGUCUGCACCGGAUCCUACGCCAUUUCUCAGAGAGGUGCCCGCAAACUAUUGUACCGAAUGAGCUUGCAACCAUUCAACAAUCCCGUCGACUGGGGCAUGAACUACGCCUGCGCCGACCGGACCUUUGGCCUCAACUGCGUAGCCACCUAUCCCACGAUCAUCGGCCUCUAUCGCCCUGCCGGCAACUGGUCGAAGCACAGUGACAUAGGCUACAUGCCUGAAGCAGACAUGGGCAUCCAAGAAGAAGGAAUUUCUCAGCGCAUCGUUUUCUCGACCAGGAAGAACCUCGAACGGCUCUUCCGUGAAGACUACGAGUUCGAGAGCAAUUACCCUGACCACAUCUCCCCCAAGAUGAACUUCAACGACAUCAUCAGCGCCGUUGGUCAUCCAGAGGAGGUCCCGCUCGAUCAGCGAUUCCUCGACUACACGAACGAACAGUUCAUGUCUCUGGAAUGGAACAAGCAGGGUCUGGAGUGA